AUGAAGCGGCGACCAUCCGGAAUCACGAGGUUGGGGUGGAAGGAUAUCGCUUACAUAUUGGUGAUUAGUCCGAUGACGAUCAAAUGCAAAGAACUUCGUGGCAUGGCAAUGGUAUUGGAGGCAUUGCAUGGGAAAAUCAAAUCUAUUUGUUACAACGUGGAGUGUCGACGGGUUGGGAAUCCCACUGUAUCCGAUCUCGUACCCUGGACAAAUAUCUUCACUACUGCAGCAGGCUGUCUUCCUUCCGAUCCCUCCAUCAUAUCAUGCCUUCGUUCGAAACCGUCCGAGGUGCUUUACCAAGCUUCGCUCGUAACGUUAAACGCGACGACGGGCCUCGCACUCGUUUACAAUCGAGUUGUGGACGGAUUCUUUUUCCAGGAAGGGAAACGUGCGGCGGAAGAGGUAAGAAAGGGGAAUGUAGCGGAUGUGCCUAUCAUCACGGGGUGCAAUCUUGACGAAGGGACGUUAUUCGUACCUCACACGUUCAACACUGCGGACGAAAUAGUGAAUUUUUUCAGAGUCUGCAUAUGGCUUACUUACACAUUCAUUUCCGGCUUUUUGGUUCUGUGCUUGUUCCGUUGCGGGCCACCUGCAGUAGGAUUGUUAUACGUUGGAAACCUUAGCGUAGCGACGCCAGAACAAACGAAGCUCUUCAAAGGCCUUCUGGAGUUGUACCCCGAUAUUCCUCCCUACGAGCCUGUCAAAGAUGAUCGGUUCUUUGGGUCGAAUAAUCAGUAUAAGAGAGCUGCGAGUUUGCUUGGGGAUAUUGUCUUUCACAGUGGUCGACGCGCAUUGUUGGAUGCGUAUAUUAAACACUUUGGUUUCUACCCGGCGUGGACAUACCUUUAUACCCAAGUGACUCCAGAUACACCAGCGUACCAAGGUGUCUAUCACGGAAGUGAGCUUCCGGCUGUAUUUGGACUGUAUGCUAGACAGAAUACAACCUCGGAUCUGGGCAAAACCUCGUUAGUUAUGAUCAGCGCCUGGGUCACCUUUGGGAAUUCUCUCGAUCCUAACCGCCCAUUCUUGCUGCCAUUUUGGCCUAGGUAUGGAUGGGAACGUAACAUGUUACGAAUUGGGAAUGGGCAUUUCGAUCUCAUUAGGGAUGAUUUUCGAAAGGAGGGGAUAGAGUUCUUGCAGAGGAAAGAGUUCACGGAUGUGUUUAACUUUUGAGGCGCAGGUUGUUACAACUGGGCUCCUGGCUGAUGGGUUUUGAGGAGACUAAGACCUGGUUGUGUGGGGGGUGGCCUAAUCUGGAUUUGGACUCAGGCACUCCCCUUUUCUUGGGCAAGGCUGCGUGAAUGCGCUGCGCUUAGUUUAUAACCGAUGGAUAGUUUUUUUCAUUGGUUUUUUUUUUUAGUUCCACAUUGCUGGAAGUAUAUUCUUGCCGUUGACAUCGUAUCUAGCGCCUGAUACGCUAGGUAGUCACAUUUAGAUAUUAUUAUUGGGACUGAACGUCUAUAUUCCAAACAAUGU